CUGGGGGCGGCAAAACACUCUGUGCGGCUGUCCAGAGAUGCGCAUCACUGCCCAAAGACUCGCAGCGAUGGCGACCGUAGCUGCCGCCGCGAAACCGAGCAAGGUCUACGUCGUAACUGGGGCCACGGACGGCAUAGGGAGGCUCACCGCCCAGAAGCUGGGCGCGGACGGUCUCCACGUCGCCGUGCACGGCAGAACGAAGUCGAAAGUCGACGCAGUAGUAGCCGAGGUCGAGCAGAACGGCGGGAGCGCGCGAGGCUUCGUGGCCGAUUUGAGCUCGAUGGCAGACGUGAGGCGUCUCGGCGCCGAGAUCGCGGAAGCUUAUGACAGCAUCGACGGUCUCCUCAACAACGCAGGAACCUUUAGUGGAGACUACACCGGCAAACGCGUCGUCACGGCCGAGGGAAAUGAGUACUCGUUGGCCGUCAACGUAUUAGCCCCUUUCCUGUUGACCUCGCUGCUCCUCGACCGCGUCCGGGCCUCGGGCGCCGGUCGCAUCCUGGUCACGUCGUCGAUGUCGGCCGGCGCGGCGGACGCGUUGAACGACCUCCAGUGCGAGCGCUGGUCGGAGCACCGCGCCUACUCCCUCUCCAAGCUCUGCUGCGCCAUGAUCGCAAUGGAGCUCGACGCGCGCUACGGCGACCCGCCCUCGCUUUGUAUUCAUACAAUGGACCCCGGUACGGUCAACACGAAAAUGCUAAUUGCGGGCUGGGGCCGCUGCGGCAUCCCGGUCGCGCAGGCGACGCGGUCCUACCACAUGCUCGUGGACGAGAGUUACGGGCGGUCGUCGGGCGAGUGCGCGGGCACGGGUCUGAACCGGGAAGCGAAGGACCCCGCGGCCCGAAAGAAGCUCUGGGACGACCUGAAGGAGCUGACGGGGGCGUCCUACCCAAUGUAACUUGAC